CUAUAUGAGGUUGGGGAGCGGCUGAGUCGGCCUUUUCCGCCCGCUCCCCCCUCCCCCCGAGCGCCGCUCCGGCUGCACCACGCUCGCGCCGAGCUCCGUGCUCCUGCUCAGGCAGCGCCUCCGUCUCCUUCCAGCCGCCAUCAUGAUCAUCUACCGGGACCUCAUCAGCCAUGAUGAGAUGUUCUCCGAUAUCUACAAGAUCCGGGAGAUCGCGGACGGGCUGUGCCUGGAGGUAGAGGGGAAGAUGGUCAGUAGGACAGAGGGUAACAUUGAUGACUCGCUUAUUGGUGGAAAUGCCUCCGCUGAAGGCCCUGAGGGCGAAGGUACCGAAAGCACAGUAGUCACUGGUGUUGACAUUGUCAUGAACCAUCACUUGCAGGAAACCAGCUUCACAAAAGAAGCCUACAAGAAGUACAUCAAAGAUUACAUGAAAUCAAUCAAAGGGAAGCUUGAAGAACAGAGACCAGAAAGAGUAAAGCCUUUCAUGACAGGGGCUGCAGAACAAAUCAAGCACAUCCUUGCCAAUUUCAAAAACUACCAGUUCUUUAUUGGUGAAAACAUGAAUCCAGAUGGCAUGGUUGCUCUGCUGGACUACCGUGAGGAUGGUGUGACCCCAUAUAUGAUUUUCUUUAAGGAUGGUUUAGAAAUGGAAAAAUGUUAACAAAUUGGGCAGUUUGGCUCCAUCACCUGUCAUCGUAACUGGCUGCUGCUUUUCAUCCACACACCAAGACUAGGACAAAUGGGACUGAUGUUAUCUUGAGCUCUUCAUUUAUUUUGACCUUGAUUCAUUUGGAGCGGAGGCAUUGUUUUUAAGAAAAAAGAUGUCAUGUAGGUUGUCUAAAAAUAAAAUGCAUUUAAAUUCAUUUGAGAGAAUGCUUCUUAGUUUAAUACAUUUUAAAAUCUAUCCUGUAUAGUGUUCCUGGAGAAGCUAGAGCCUGGUUGUAGACCACUACUCUAAGGCAUAUAGACUGUCUUCAGAUAACUUCUACAGUGGAAACUACUACUGAGACUGAAGGAAAAAAAACAAGAAUCAAAAGUCUUAAUUCUGAGUUGAAGUAAAGGGAAAGACCAUGCUCACAUCAGAAUCAACAUUUGAAGUGGAUUCCUUAGACAUUUCAUCACCUACAAACAAGUAGUUAACUGGAAGAGAUUACCAAAAGAAUAAAGAGACUAAUACAGCCGGAAGCAAAGGAUUGUCUGAGCUUAUUUAUCAUGUCAAGUUAGAACCAAGGUCUAUAGAAAUCUAGGUCUCCUGGAACUGUUGCAAGCUUUUGUCAGAUUUCAUGAAAUGGGGUUGGCAAAUUUUGUGUGACUACGGUGGCUGUUUUUAAUGGGGAAAGUCGGUAGUUUGUAGGAUAUGAAGUCGAAUUUGGUGUUCAGCUUUAUCAGGACAUUGCCAUGAUCACUUGUUUAUAGAUGGCUCUGGGCACUGCAAGAGCAAAGAUGAGUGACAGGCCUAUGUGGCCUAAAAAGUGUGUGGACAUCUGCAGGAAAGGUUUGCUGGCCCCUACUUUUAAAGGUGAGGGUUUAGAUGGAAUGUGGUUUGGCUGAUGAGCAGAGGAAAAAGGAACUUGCAUCAUUGUAUCUGAAUAAGGCUGUGGGUUUGGGAUAAAAAUGCAUCUGAUCUGGAACAUUUACUGUCUUAUGGUUGCAGUGCAGAUGCAAGAAGAAAGGUCCUUACCCUUUCUGAUUAUGGCCCCCAUGAUUGAAUGGGGGAAUACAGUGAAAAAGCAUGCAGUUUUUACAGUUCAGAAGUUACCUUGUCAACAACUGGAAAGCCUGUUUUAAUCCAAAGAAAAAUGUAAAAUGCAAGUUCAAGAGAAGCUGGGAAAUUACUCCCCUACACCUUUGCCUUAGGUUAAAACUAAAGCUGAACCAAUGAUUUUUUUUUUUUUAAACCUGGCCCUAUGACAUGAGCCUAGGAUAAACCCAGUGAUUUGGCAAUCUGGAAUUUUCCCUAGUGACUUCAAAGAUGUGUGGAUCACAAUUUGAGAUGUGUUAAUUGGAUUGACAAGGCCCACUGGUGAAGCAAACCAAAUACUGGCAACUUGGUGGCACAGAAUUUAAGCAUUCUGAUUUCUGACAUUAAAACAGCAAGUGCCAGACAAUCUACCCCCUAGUGGUCAGAAAUGAGGACAACUCAAGUAGUGGUAGAGGUCUUGUGGUAACACCUGAAGUGAGUUGGUGAGCUAGCCAUGGAAAAGCUGGAAGGACAAGAAUAGCAAUGCAAAGAUUGGGUAGGAAGGGAAGAGUUCAGAUGGUUGGCUAAGAAGGCUAAUUUUAUAUCUUCUAGUUACUCUCAGUGGUGUGCACUUUGUAUACAUUAGAAGGUGUAUAUUUUGUCAUUGAUACGUAGUACAGACAUGCUGCUAGUGGCCUCUGGGGGGGUAGGCUGUUAAAUUAUGGAGAACUAUUCAAUGGAGAAAGGACUGGUUUUUACAGUGUUGUCUAGGAAAGCCUUUGUAAUAUACUUGAGAGCAAGCAUUCCAGGCAAAUAGCAAAUGCAGUCUAAAGUGGAGUGUGUUUGGCAUGUUCUGGGGAUAAGGUGGCAAAAGAAGAGUUAUGGAGAAGUGAAUGUACAGGGAAAGAAACCAGAUGAUGCAGGAAAGCCAUAGACAGGGUGGCUUUGAGCAAAAGGGUGACACCAUCUGACCUGAAAGAUCAUGUUAUGGCUGCUGGGUAGUAGGUAAAAGCAGAGAACAAGGGUAUAUCAAUAUUUUUAAAAAUUAAAUAUGUGUAUAUAUUUUUAUAAACAAUUUAUUUUUAAUAUAUUUGAUUUCAGAGGGAGAGGGAGAAACAUCAGUGAUGAGAGAAUCAUUGAUCAGCUUCCUCCUGCACACCCCACACCAGAGAUAGAGCCCACAACCUGGGCAUGUGCCCUGACCAGGAAUUGAAUGGUGAUCUCCUGGUUCAUAGGUCAACACUCAACCACUGAACCAUGCCAGCCAGGCAAGAUUUUAGGUGAGAUGAUAAUAGUUUCCUCUGGGAUGGUAGUUGUGAAAGUCCUUGGAAAUUAACAGAAUUUGCCCAGGUGUUGAAUGAGGAGGGAGAGCACCCAGAAGAAAGGAGUAGACAUUGAGAUGGGAGGAAAAUGGGGAUGAGAAACCUAGAGUAUUUUUUAAAGAAUAUUUUUAGAGAAAGGGAAAUACCAAAGUGAGAGCGGGACAUCCAUGGGCCACCUCUUGCCAGGGAUUGAACCUACAACCGGGACAUGUGUCCUGACCAGGAAUAGAACCAACAUCCUUUUGGUGCAUGGGAUGAUGCCCAACCAACUGACCCACACUGGCCAGGGCAAGGUGCCUGGUUCUUUUCGCUGUUAAUCCUUACCCAAAGAUAUUUUUCCCAUUGGUUUUUAGAGAGUGGAAGGGAAGAAGGGGGCGGGGGGGGGCAGGAGAGAGAGAUCGAUGUAAGAAAGACACUUCAAUUGCUUGCCUCCCGCGUGCACAUCGACUGAGGCCAGGUAUUGAACCUGUAACCCUUCCGUGCAUGAGCAGAUGCUCUAACCACUGGGUACACCGGCCAAAGUAAAUGCCAGAUUCUUUAUGCAAAUGAAUUGAGUAGGCAGACAUAUUUGUCAUGGGAGGAUAGUGGAGAGGUCUAAGCUGAGACUUUCAGAUCCUGAAGAUUUCAAUACAUGACUUUUUUUUUUUUCCGAUACACGACUCUUGAAGCCAGGACACUGAGUGAGAUUACCUAGAGAGUGAGAAUGUUCUUGGCCCUCCUACUUAAAGAUUGGUCAGCAUGAUGAACCAGCAAAGGUGAUUAGGAAACUGCCCCUGAAAUAGGAAAACCAAGAGUGGCCUUCUGGAAGUCUAAUGGACAAAGUGUUUUAGGAAGGAAAAAGCAAUCAACAAGGUUAUCUGUUUGAACUGGUCAAGUAAGAUGGUAAGUU